UCCUGCCCGUCGUUCAGCUACUCAUGUGGACCAGGAGGACAGCCCUCAGGAAGGAAGGUCUAGAUGUACAAGACGUAGGACAUUAUCCAACAGGCCUGGGGCUGGCUUCCUACAAACUCAUCAGCCUGACCUGGCAGCGUGACGGGGAGGACCAGACCCAGGACAUGGAGCUGGUGGAGACCAGGCCUGCGGGGGACGGGACCUUCCAGAAGUGGGCGGCCGUGGGGAUGCCCCCUGGAGAGGAGCAGAGAUACACGUACCAUGUGCAGCAUGAGGGGCUGCCGGAGCCCCUGACCCUGAGAUGGGAGCCGCCUUCUCCGACCUUCAUCUUCAUCAUCAUCAUUGGCAUCGCUGGGGGCCUGGUUCUGCUGGGGAGCUGUGGCUGGAGCUGUGAUGUGGGGGAGGAGGCGCUCAGGUGGGCAGGGUUGGGGUCUGAGUGUGCACUCUAG